AUGGCGGAGCUACAAACAGAGGUCCUGCAAAAGCUUGACGCUUCGCCCGAUGCCACCCUGACAUCUGAGAAUGACUUCCCAACUUUACCUUUUACCACAUUAAAAGCAGCUCUUGACUCGCUGGGUUCCAAGGAAAUGAUUACAUAUGAAACACGGGAAACCGAUUACAAUGUUUUGACUGCUGAGGGACAGCAGAUUCUCGAAACUGGGAGUCAUGAGGCGAAGGUCUGGGAGAUAGUUCAUCGCUUGGGAGAGUUUAGGAUCGCCGAUCUUGCUAAGCAGGAUGCGUUUGCGAGCGAUCCUUCUUCUGCCAAAGUUGGCCAGUCUAGAGCUUUCAAAGAAGGCUGGAUCAAAAAGCACCCGGAGGACAAGACUAAGAUAAUAUCCGGGGCCGACUCUAUCAACGAUGUCACUAGAAAUCUCCUUGAAACCAUCUCCCAGUCAGGGUCCCUCUCAGACGCAGUUACAGUGGCAGAUCUCAAGAAGCGGAAGUUGAUCAUCGCCCAGAAGAAGGUCGCUUUCACUAUUCAUAAGGGAACCAAAUUCGCUCUUGAAAUAUUGAAAGAGUAUACCGACCUAGACGCGGAUAUGUUGACAAGUGGCAAAUGGCAAGAACUAACCUUCAAGCCGUAUAAUCUUAAGGCACUAGGAGCACCUGCCAUGGCUGGAGCACUCCAUCCUUUGGGGAAGGUUCGCCACGAAUUCCGUCAGAUUUUCUUUGAAAUGGGCUUCACAGAAAUGCCUACAAACCAGUUCGUCGAGUCUGGUUUUUGGAACUUCGACGCGCUUUACGUGCCCCAACAACAUCCAGCCCGUGAUGUACAGGAUACCUUCUUUAUCUCAGACCCGGCCAAGGCGGACAUGCCUCGAAAUGAAAAUGGGGAACUUUUAACCGAAUAUUGGGAUAAUAUCAAGCAAGUCCACGAGACCGGCAAGUUCGGUUCCCUGGGGUAUAGGUACCCUUGGCAGGGCGACGAGUCGCUCAAGCUUGUUCUACGAACACAUACAACGGCAACAUCUGCCGCGAUGUUGUACAAGCUCGCCCAGGACCCUCGCCCCGCGCGUUAUUUCUCUAUCGACAGGGUUUUCAGAAACGAAACAGUAGAUGCGACACAUUUGGCAGAGUUCCAUCAAGUAGAAGGUGUAAUUGCUGACUUCGAUCUGACUCUUGGAGACCUGAUUGGUUUCAUGAAUGAGUUCUUUGGUAAGAUGGGUGUUAAGCAGCUACGCUUCAAGCCGGCAUACAAUCCUUACACCGAACCCAGUAUGGAAAUAUUUAGCUGGCAUGAAGGGCUGGGCAAGUGGGUUGAGAUCGGUAACUCCGGUAUGUUCAGGCCGGAGAUGCUUGAGAGCAUGGGGCUGCCAAAGGGUAUGAAGGUCCAUGGUUGGGGGCUGAGCCUGGAACGGCCAACUAUGAUCAAGUAUGGCGUUUCGAACAUUAGAGAGUUACUUGGUCACAAGGUCGAUCUAAAUUUCAUUGAAGGUAACCCCGCAGUUAGACUUGACCAGGAAGCUUAA